CCAACAUGGCCACCACCAUGAGCAUGAGAAGGUUAAUGUGGAUAACAGCAGAUGUAUGCGUCAACGUUAAUAAUGUAAGAGGACUUGGAACGACAGCCUCUUUAUGUCGGAGAGUUCCUCCCCAGGGACCUAUGCCAAAUGAAGACAUAGAUGUAAAAGACCUUGACUCACUAGAGAAGUAUCGUAGCUAUGCACGGUACAUCAGAGCAGCCCAGGAGGCGAGCAAGAAACCAAUGUGGUGGAAGACGUAUAGGCAAUACCUAGAUGCAGAAAAUCCUAACAAAGAUGUAGAGCGCGUUGACGUAGGUCUACCUUUCAGACGGCCAUCACGUCUGCAGGAGGUAAGGGAGAGAAACCGAGUGAUGGCAGAGAACAGACGCAACCCCGAGUUGGAGAGAGCUACACGCCUGCGCACAUUUCAGAUCCCUCUGGACCGUGUGAAGGAGGAAUGGGAGAGAACCAACGGGCCUUAUCACAUCCAGAGGCUGGCGGAACACUACGGAAUCUACCGGGACCUCUUCCCCAUGGCCUUCUUCGUGCCACGAGUGAUGAUGCGUGUGAGCUACGGCGAGGAUGCCAGCACUUCUGUGCACUAUGGCAACCAAUUACCAGCGUCAGUGGCUGGUGCCCCUCCCAAGGUCACUUUUGAGGCAGAAGAGGGCUCGCUGUGGACACUACUACUCACUUGUCCAGAUGAACAUCUGCAGGAUGGGGACCAGGAGUACGUUCACUGGCUGGUUGGGAAUAUCCCAGUAAGUGCAGUGGCAUCCGGACAGGAAGUAUGUCAUUACCUGCCGCCCUUCCCAGCGAAGGGCACGGGCUUCCACAGAUUCAUCUUCAUUCUGUUCAAGCAGGACGCUGCAGUGGACUACUCUGAAGACUUCAGGCUGUCGUCAUGCUACAGUCUGAAGGAGCGCACCUUUCAGACUGUCGAGUUCUACCGCAAGUACCAGGAUGUGCUGACACCGGCCUCGCUGGCCUUCUUCCAGAGCCAGUGGGACGAGUCGGUGACCAGCACCUUCCACACGCUGCUCAACAUGAAGGAGCCCGUGUUUGAGUACGAGCGCCCGUCCGUUUACCAUCCCCCCCAGAGGAAGUUCCCCCACCGCCAACCCCUGCGCUACCUGGACCGCUACCGCGACGGGAAGGAACACACCUAUGGCAACAGAUACUAAUACAACAUUACCCAGAAUGCCUGUGCUGCAACCCCCACAGCCUUUUGUUUUGUCUAAUAAAUUCUUAUUGACGUUGAAAAGAA